GUUCACCAAAAAAAAAAACAGAAAACAAACGGAUCCAAAAUAGAACAGAUCAAUCGAUCCGGGAAUCUCCAAACGAAUCCAAGAAACCGGAAGAACAUAUCUUUUUUCUCGAGGAAAAAUUUUCUGUAGGAGUUUCGGAGAGAGAGGGAGGGGGUGACAGAAACGGGCAAAACGAUGUCGUGUUCGGUCGCCGUCUGCAACUCGCCGGUGUUCCCAUCGCCGUCGUCGCUUUUCUGCAACAAAGCACCGAUCAUCUCUCCGGCGAACGAAUCGCUUACAUUGAACCUAACCCAUCUCAAGUCCUCCACCGCAUCUCCGUCGUCUCCCUCCGCCGCGGCUUCGCCGACUUCGCCGCUUCGUCUCCGCCUCCAGAAACCCCCGACCGGGUUCGGUCCGCCGCCUUCGGAUUUCGGUUAUGAUCCGGGUCACGGAUUGGGCGCCGGAUAUUCGCCGCCGGUUGGUGUUCAUAAGAGGAAACGGCCGGCGAAGCUGGAUAUACCAAUGGGUCUGGCAGGUUUCGCUCCGGCGACGCCGAGGGAGGAGAAGAGGGAGGUAGAGAGAGACGGUGAUGGGUAUUCGGUUUAUUGCCGGAGAGGGAGGAGAGAAGCUAUGGAGGAUCGGUUCUCUGCCAUCACCAGUGUUCACGGCGACCCCAAGCAGGCGAUAUUCGGAGUCUAUGACGGCCAUGGAGGAACCAAAGCGGCAGAAUUCGCGGCCAAGAACUUGGAUACGAACAUUCUUGAGGAAGUAGUUGGCAGGAGAUGCGAAAUGGAGAUCAUGGCAGAGGCCGUGAGACGAGGGUACCUGACCACGGAUGCCGAGUUUCUCAAGGAGAAAGAGGUUAGAGGCGGCUCGUGCUGUGUCACGGCUCUGGUCCGAGACGGGAAUCUCGUGGUGGCCAAUGCAGGCGACUGCCGAGCUGUUAUGAGCAUCGGAGGGGUAGCUCAGGCCCUGACUUCCGACCACCGGCCUUCCAGGCAAGAUGAACGCGACAGGAUCGAGAGCUCGGGCGGAUAUGUCGAUACGUUCCGAGGUGUGUGGAGAAUCCAAGGAUCUCUGGCUGUGUCGAGAGGGAUCGGAGAUAUUCAUCUCAAGCAAUGGGUGAUAGCUGAACCCGAGACCAAGAUCCUCAGGAUCGAACCCGAGCACGAGUUCUUGAUCUUAGCAUCCGAUGGUUUAUGGGACAAGGUGAGUAACCAGGAAGCAAUAGACAUAGCUCGCCCUCUCUGUCUAGGAAGUGAGACGCCAUUGUUGGCCUGUAAGAAGCUGGCCGAGCUCUCCGCUUCACGAGGCUCCUUCGACGACAUCAGCGUAAUGGUGAUCCCUUUGCGGCGGUUCAUCUGACGGCUAGAUUUCGACGAGGAUGAAAUCAAUCCUACGGUGUGAGUUCAUCCUGGUACAAUAGUUAGGAGAGAAGGGAGAUCGGAUCGGCCAUAGAGCAGGAGGGAAAAAUAACCUUUAGAAAUCUGUUGAAUUCUUUGAUUCUUUGAUUCUUUCUUUUUUAACUUAAUUUAUGUAUUAACUGAUUUAUGGCAGCCGUAGUUUGUAUGAAAUUGAGCGUAGUAUCAUGACAACUAAAUCUUAUAUUAUAUCAUCGAUUGCGGACAAUAGAUUAUUUAUGUACGAAAUCAAGCUAAUAAACUGUUUCUUUCGUGUUUUUUA